UUUCUUUUCUCUCUCUCUUUCUUUAUUUCUUCUACUUGACGGCUCGAAAUGGGAAAUAUUUAUAGUAACUCUAACGAUGAUUCUCAAGAAGUCAACAUGUCACAGUUCAAAAUAAUAAAGACUAUUGGACAAGGGGGGUUUUGUAAAGUCUAUAAAGUACAGCAUACACAACGAAAGAGACUGUAUGCAUUAAAAGUCAUUAAUAAAGAAAAAUGCAUAAAAAUGGGCGCAGUGUUUAAUGUGAUUCGAGAAAGAAAAAUAUUAGAAAGCCUGGAUCAUCCGCUGAUUUGUAACAUGCGCUUUGCGUUUCAAGACACAAGUUCAAUCUAUAUGGCAAUGGAUCUGAUGACAGCUGGAGAUCUAAGAUUUCAUAUUACACAUAAACAACACGAUGAACAAGUAAUUCGAUUUUGGAUAUCAGAACUGGUUUGUGCUGUCAAGUAUUUGCAUUCACAAGGAAUAGUGCAUAGGGAUAUCAAACCAGACAAUAUAUUACUGGAUAAAGAAGGACACAUUCAUCUAAGUGAUUUUAAUAUUGCUUGCGAGAUAUCUUCAAGCAAACCCUUGAUUUCUUUGUCUGGCACGGCUGCUUAUUUUGCUCCAGAAAUGCUCAAAGGGAAUGGUUACGAUGAAGAUGUCGAUUGGUGGAGUGUUGGUAUUACAUUUUACGAAUGUGUUUAUGGAAAGCGACCAUGGUCAAACUGUAAUAAUAUUGAAGAACUAAAGAAACAGGUGGUAUAUGGUCCUAUUCCAUAUCCUCCAUCAAAUGUCUCUUUGGAUUGUCUAUCAGCUCUUAAAAGCUUUUUGGAAAAAGACGCAAAGAAAAGGUUAGGACAUGGCGUCAGUUCUGGAUGGAGGUCGAUCAUGUCUCAUCCAUUUUUCAAACCUGUUGACUGGUACAACAUUGAUACUAAACAGAGUCUGCCUUUGUAUAUACCCGAAAAUAAAGAUGAAGAGACAGUUAAUUCUGUCGUCACAAAUACAGACCUACAACCACCAGAUGGCGUUGCUGGUUGGCUCUACCGGUGCCAGAGAAGAGCGAGCUAUGGACAGUUACAGCAAGAUCGACGAUACAGUCAAGACUUGAAAUUGCUUGAGGAGAAAUUUAAAACCUUUGACUAUACCGUGUUUGAUGAAUAUGAAGGAUUUUUGGAUGAAAAACUCAUGACAGUCGGUCCACCUCCGCCCUGGGUCAAGCCUGCUUUCCCAGGCGCAGACAACGGAAGUCUUUUGCCUGUACACAAAAUUUAUCUAGAAAAUCUACCGUCGGUAUAUGAUGUAUUUGCCAGCGAGCAUCACAAAAUAAUGCAUCAUCCUACUUGGUCUGCUGUAGAACAGUGUUACAAGUAGACGCUUUUGUAAAAUAAAUCUGUAAUAUAUCUUUAAUGACAUAUAGAAGGCACUGUCGAUCACUAUCGACUUUUAUCUCCUUGUUCUCUUUUCUCUCUCUUUCUCCCCCUUCACUCUCCUUGACUCUUAUAUAGUUUGAUUAUGCUUUGCACACCUAUAAGGAGAAUCUGUAACAGAAAAGAAACUAGGGAGAAAAAGGUGCUUUACGGUAAAUGAAGUUUUCUACCUUUGGCUUUAUAUAAAAGAGCAGCUCCUUAUUUUCUUUUCUUUUUGUAUUUCAUUUGAACAUGAAGGUAAGUUCAUGUUUGUAUACUCUUUUUUUUUUUUUAAAAAAAA